CCACUGAGCACAAGAGGAUGGUGCAAGUUACGGGCAGCAAGUGGACUGGGGCAACUCUGAUGCUGUUCAUUGGCAUGUCUAUACCUUGCCAAGCGCAAGACAACCCGUGCGGUGAACAUGGACAAUGUAAAACCGACUUGGACUACCAAGUGGGCAACGUAUUUGGGUGUUUUUUUUACAACUUGAUAUUUUUUGGCGGGACCUGCAAUAACGAGCCACCAAGUACUUGCGAGUGCGUUUGCCUUAAUGGUUUUAAAACAGACGCAGGUGGCAUUUGUGUGGAUAUCGACGAAUGCACACAAGGAAUACCAUCUGGAUUUGGUUUCAAUAUAGCAGUUUGUACAGGCUUCAAUUGUGUGAACAGCAUAGGGAGCUACCGAUGUGGUGGAGAUCUGGACGAGUGUUCCUUGGGUACAGAUAACUGUGCAGAAAAUGCUACUUGUACAAACACCGUUGGCAGUUUCACGUGCUCUUGUUUACCAGGCUUCACUGGUGAUGGCACAGUAUGUAAUGACAUUGACGAGUGUUCCUUGGGUACAGAUAACUGUGCAGAAAAUGCCUCAUGUACUAACACCGUUGGCAGUUUCAGUUGUACAUGUUUUCCUAACUACAAUGGUGAUGGUACAACAUGUGAUCCCGAUGAGUGUUCUUUGGGUACAGACAACUGUGCAGAAAAUGCCACAUGUACAGACACUGUUGGCAGUUUCAGUUGUUCUUGUUUAGCUGGCUUCACUGGUGAUGGCACAAAAUGUAAUGAUGUGGACGAGUGUACCUUGGGUACUGACAACUGUGAA